GUCUACCGCCAAUACGACGAUGCUGGUUGGAGCUGUUCUAUCUGCUAUCACCCUGUUAGCUUUCGCCCCGAUCGCCGAUGCCCACGGCAAUCUCAAGGAACCUCCAGCGACGUUCGAAGAUGGAGCACCUACCGUCGAAUGGGUCACGAUGAUUGACAACUACUGGGACAUCGGAUCUGGUGGUGACCAAGUCGGCAAGUUUAAGACCAUGGCCAAGGAGAAAGGCAUGAGUGUGAAGGAUGUCGUGCUGGACAUGGUCAAGGACAAGAAAUGCGGCUAUACACGCACGGACGUGGACCCUAAGCCGAUCCCCGCGGACGGAAAGGUUAAAUGGUGGGGCAACGGCGGUGGAGGCUUCACUCACGUUGGUCCGUGCGAGCUUUACAUUGACGACAAGAUGGUUCUUCACGGUGACAACUGUGAGGAAGACUUUCCAGGUGGUCCCGACGGCUCGGAAAAGAUGUCGGAGAUGCCCGUCGACUUCUCGUCGUGCAACGGCAAAUGCACACUGACAAUCUACUGGCUGGGGUUCCAGAAUGCGCAAUGGCAGGCGUACGUUAACUGUGUUCCUCUGCAAGGAAGCGGCUCAGCGACGCAAACGCAAGCGUCGACUGGUGGAUCUGGCGCUGAACAGAAAACCCCUGAGGCGCCUGUUAAGUCGACUACUGGUUCAAGAACGGAGGAACAAGCGCUGGAGGCUCCUUCACCGGAAACGCAGUCAAAGAAAAGCUCUUCAAAUGGGGAAAAGACUCCGGAAGCUCCUGCGACUCAAGCUACACCAGCUCCAGCUGAUGAAAACCCGGCAGAGAAGACCCCGUCAACUGAGGCGCAGACGACCGAAGUUCCAUCGUCGGAGGCACAGGACACGAAGUGCAACGCUCCUGCUCGUCGUCUCCGCAAGAAAAUCUCGGUCGUUUAAAAGUCCAAUGCCAAUCCGUGCACAAGACUGCUUGGAAGCUGCGAGUUGCAGAACACAAGGAGUUUACGUUGAUGAAGUCACUCAACAAAGUUGAUCUUGUCUAUCC